AUCCGGUGAAUUAAAAAAAAAAAAAAAAGUUUCAGACUUGAGAGGUCAAAAGAGUCAAAAUAAUUCUUGUUAUUGAUGGUUGUAUAAAUUGUAUUGAAGCGGUGCCAGUGUUAUCUCAAGAAGUUAAAAUAAUCGGGUAUUUGACGAGGAGGAGCAACAGUUAUGGCCGACCACUCCGAUGAUUUAGACCAACUUCUCGACAGUGCUUUGGAUGAUUUCCAGAAUCUCAAUCUCACUCCUUCCCCUCUAACUCAGAGGAGUGGAGAAGGAAAUGGCGCAGAGAAGAAGCAAGAACAUGGUUCUUUGCCAACUGGAGUACAAGGGUUGGGAAUGGGAUUACCUGACUUGAAAACCAAGAAAAAGGGAAAGCAAAAAGUUUCAAAAGAUUCCCAUGUUACUGAGACUCUUGAUAAGCUCAGAGAACAGACGAGGGAGGCUGUGAAAGACUUAGAAUCAAUGGCACAGCCAGGUGGAUUUGAUUUCGGUAAGGAUGGUGUGGUUGAAGAUUGGGUUAAGCAGUUUGAGGAACUUGCUGGCUCUCAGGAUAUGGAUAUGGAAUCUAUUGUGGAGACCAUGAUGCAACAACUUCUGUCUAAGGAGAUUCUUCACGAACCCAUGAAGGAAAUUGGAGAAAGAUAUCCAAAGUGGUUGGAAGACCAUAAAGCCAGUUUGAGCAAAGAAGACUAUGAGCGUUUCUCCCACCAAUAUGAACUUAUUAAACAGCUUAAUGAAGUUUAUGAUAAUGAUGCUAGUAACUUCACCAAGAUUGUUGAUCUCAUGCAGAAAAUGCAAGAAUGUGGCCAACCACCAAAUGAUAUUGUUCAAGAGCUUGCCCCUGAUUUUGAUUUAGCUAGUCUUGGCCAAUUGUCUCCGGAGGCACUGGAUUCUCAGCCAAAUUGUUGUAUAAUGUGAAGUAGGCGUCAAAGUAAGUGGGUACUCGGAGCUGUUGUUUGUCUCUGUAUGAUGCCAUAUAUAUUCUUUUAAUAUAUAUUUGAGAAAAUAAAGCAAUUUAACUUUGAAUAUCAGUACCUUGGAGAAGCGGGUGAUAUUAUUUGGUGAUUCUUUAGGCAUAGCUGCUCUCAUCCAAGAGGGUUACACUGAUAUAUAUUUAUAUGUUAUAUCCCCGUGGAGUACUUUUCCAUACUCCGUUUUCUGA